CAGGACUGCAGAGUUUGCACUCCAGCAGGGAUGGGGCUCACUUCCUGAUUCUCUUAGGCUGCAGACAGGACAGUAGGACCGUUGCUGGAUUUGGUGGCUGGAAACUCCCCCCCUUCAUUUCUGUGUGACCGACUGAAGGGCAGAGGUCUCUGGUGCCCUACAGGAUGGAGAGAGAAGGAGAUAGUUUGGUAAAGGUGUUGAACCUGGUGACUGUGUUUGAAGAUGGCAGAGCCACCCACAAGCAGCCAGCCAAGGACAGAGCUUCUUCCAAAAGCUGCCCUGUGUCUCCCAAGGCAGGACAGCUCACGCCAUUCUCUCCAGGAGCUGAGACCAAAGACCCUACGUCUGAACAAGAACAGAGCAACUCCAUCUCCCAGAUGCCCCAGACUCUGAUGGAGCCCCAUUUUGAUAGGACUCCAGGACCCUGGGAAAGGGACAGUCUGGAAGAUAGACCAGGACCUGGCCACUGGGCAGUCAGCACCAGGCUACUCUCCUCUCUAAGAAAUAAGAUCUCCAACAGCGGCUGGAGGAAGUCCUGUGAAGUCACAGGAAACACCAGGAAGCAGGAACCAGAAGAGAAUAGAAUUGUCAGGGAGCUCCUGGAGACAGAGCAGGCCUAUGUGUCCCGCCUCUACCUUCUGGAUCAGGUCUUCUUUGAGGAGCUACUAAAGGAGGCUCGAAACAGCAAGGCUUUCUCUGAAGACAUUGUCAAGCUCAUCUUUUCUAACAUUUCCUCCAUUCACCAAUUCCACUCCCAGUUCUUCCUCCCAGAGCUUCAGAGGCGUGUGGAUGAAUGGGUUGUUGUCCCCCGCAUUGGUGAUGUGAUCCAGAAACUGGCACCCUUUCUGAAGAUGUACAGUGAAUACGUGAAGAACUUUAAGCGGGCAGCAGAGCUGCUGGUCAUCUGGACAGAGAAGUGCCCACCUUUCCAAGAGGUCAUCACUCGAAUCCAGAACAGUGACAUCUCUGACAGCCUCACCCUGCAACACCACAUGCUGGAGCCCGUGCAGAGAAUCCCUCGCUAUGAGCUGUUGCUGAAGGAGUACGUCCAGAAGCUGCCCCCUGAUGCCCCAGACCGGGCUGAUGCCCAGAAAGCUUUGGACAUGAUCUUCUCUGCAGCUCAGCAUUCUAAUGCAGCCAUCACUGAAAUGGAGCGUCUGCAGAACCUGUGGGAUGUGUAUCAGCGUCUUGGCCUUGAAGAUGAUAUUGUGGAUCCCUCUAAUGAAUUAUUGCAGGAGGGUCCCAUCCAGAAGAUCUCCUUCAGACAUAGUAGCACCAUGGAGCGCUACUUAUUCCUGUUCAACAAUAUGCUGCUGUACUGUGUGCCUAAGGUGAUUCAGGUUGGGGCUCAGUUCCAGGUGAGGACCCGAAUUGAUGUGGCGGGGAUGAAGGUCCGGGAACUGAAUGAUGUGGAAUUUCCUCACUCGUUCUUGGUGUCAGGGAAACAGAGAACCCUGGAACUACAAGCCCAGUCUCAGGAAGAAAUGAACACCUGGAUCCAGGCCUGCCAACGGGCCAUCGAUCUGAUUGGGAGGCGGCACGGAACCUUCAAGGCUGCUGUCCAGGGGACGGAGGGAGACUCUGAGGAGCACCAACUGAAGUCUGAAGAGCUGGGAAUCCGAGCUCCCCAGUGGGUCCGGGACAAGAUGGUGACCAUGUGUAUGCGUUGCAAGACACCCUUCAAUGCCCUCACCAGAAGACGACACCACUGCAGAGCCUGUAGCUAUGUGGUGUGUGCUAAGUGCUCCGAUUACCGAGCUAGGUUGCAAUAUGAUGACAAUCGGCUCCACCGGGUCUGCCUGCAGUGUUACGUUUUCCUCACUGGGAACCUACUGCCAGAGGACAAGGAAGAGAAGAAGAAAGGGAUCCUGGAGAAAGAGUCUUCGAAGGUAUCAGAACAGAGCGUGAUGUGCAGCUUCCUGCAACUCCUGGGAGACAAGUGGGCGAAGGGCAGCAGCCGAGGCUGGUGUGUCAUCCCCAGAGAUGACCCCCUGGCACUUUACGUCUAUGCUGCCCCACAGGACAUGAAAGCUCACACCUCCAUUCCACUGUUGGGGUACCAAGUGACCACAGGUUCCUUGGCCGAUCCCCGGGCAUUCCAGAUACAGCAGUCGGGUCUGGUCUACUCAUUCAGGGCAGAAUCUGAGGAGCUAAAGGGGCAAUGGAUGAAGGCCAUAGAACGAGCAUCCAGAGGUCAGAGCUUCACUGGGCCAGAAGGAGAGCUGUCAGACUGAGCCCAGGUCAGAAGAGCUGUGUCUUCUCUACUUCUGUGUACACCCCCCCCCCCAUACACUCUUCUGCUGAUUGGCUACUCUCCCCUAAAGCAGAAUUCUUUUUAUCCUCUCCUUUUAUCUUCAUCUUUCUGAGUAAACCCAGUGGGAUCCCAGAAAUAAGAAAAUGUAUGUCUGUCCUGCUCUCCCCUGGUGGAAAUGAGAGACUAAGGGGAAAGACCCCUUGCUGAAUGGUACCCAGAAUGAGGGAGACCUUAAGGCUAGACAUUGAAACAACAGAAAAGAAAUUUAAAAAGAGGGCUAAGAAGAAGAGGAGCAGUGGAAAGGAUUGAAGAAGCUGCCUGAAGUUCCAGGAAUCUGCAUUCAAAUCUGGUUCUCCCACUUUUGUGACUUUGGACAAGUUUUCUAACUUCUCUGGACCUCAGGGUUCUUAUUUGUAAAAAUUAGGCAGUUGGAUUAGUGAGCUCUAAAUGCUUCAGCCACUUUCUCUUCCAGCUCUAAAUCUCUGAUCUUAUGGAAGAAAGGAAGGGAAGAAAGAACAAGAAGGGAAGGCUAAAGAGAACAAAAGAAAGGAGACAAUGAAGGGACAAGAAGGAAGUCUUGGAGGAAGGGGAGAAGAGAAUAAAGGAAAGUCUCAAGGGAUGGAAGGUUGAAUUGAGUCUAAGAUCUCUGGGAAAGGGAUGCCUCUAGUCAAACUGUAAUCUGAUUGGUGCUGGUACACAGGCAAUUGCCAGAGGAUGACAGUGGUCCAAGGAGGUCAUUCUCAUCACCCUUCAGUCCCUCAGGAUAGGGUGAAGACCCAGAAAGUAAAAAGGAGAUUCAAAGACACCUUUCAGCCUCUCUUGGAAGAAGGAUGGUGGAUUACAGUGGGGAAAGGGCUGGGUGUUUGAAAAUGGAAGAGGUGGGACAGUAAAUAAAGUGCUGGGACUGAAGUCAGGAAUCCUCAUCUUUCUGAGUUCAAAAUCUGGCCUCAGACACUUAUUAGCUGUAUGACCCUGAGCAAGUCCCUUAACCCCAUGUUUGGGGAAUAGGGAAGAGAGAAAGGAAGAAAAGAAAAAGAGAGGGGAGGAAGAGAGGUGGGGAGGGAGGAAGGAAGGAAGGAUUGAGUCUAAGAAAAAGGAGUAGACUGCCCAAGGUGACUCCAUACCCCACUUCACAAGUUCUGCCCCAGUGCCCACCCCGUCUACACUCCACUCUUGCCAGAUCUUUCCGUGGUCAAUUCUCCAAGCCUGCUCUGAACAGGCAGCUGAGAUACAACCCCCCCUGGCCCAGGAGCCUGUGGAGGAUGGUAAGGGGAGGUACUCCACCGGGUGGCUCAGUUACCUGGCGGUGAAAUGGAAUUCCCCAAGGAGCUCUCUCGUCCUCCCUCUGAGAGGGCGGAGCCGAGAGGGGCGAACUCUUCCAAUGGAAAGGCCAGGCAGCUGCGGGAACACACCGUUUCCACUAGGGGGCGGGCCACCACCACGGAGCACGUACCUGGUUUUGCAGGCUUUCCAGAGGUCAUUGCUAGCCUUCCUUUGCCCUAGAAUCAUAGAACUGCACAACUGGAAGGAGCCAAGGAGAACGUCUAGUUCUAUCCUUUCACUUUAUAUGUAGGAAAUUAAUUUUGCCUAAGUGAGACCAAUGGACUCCUUCCAAGAAAUUUCUUGAACAACAAAAUAAUACUGAGAUAUCAAUAUGUAGGGUUUUACAUUUGAGUCUCCUGAUAAUUCUUUGAAGUAGGUGCAAUUACUAGCAUCUCUAUUUUACAGAUGAGGAAACUAAGGCUGAGAGUGGUCAAGGGACUUGCAUUGGGUCACAUAGCUUAGUAAGCGUCUGAAACAGGAUUUGAACUCAGGUCUUCCUGACUCUGAUCUUCUAAUGACCAUGCCACAUAACUAUGAAUUGAAUUCAAAUCCAGCAUCAGACUUUUACUAGCUGUGUGACCCUGAGCAAGUCACUUAACUCUGCCUCCAUUUCCUCAUCUGUUAGAUGAGCUGGAGAAGGAAAUAGCAAAUUUCUCCAGUAUCUUUGCCAAGAAAACCCCGAAUGGAGUCAUGAAGUCAGCCAUAACCGAAAUGAAUGAACAAUUAUAUAUAUAUAUAUAAACUAUACAAUCAUUGAUAUAUAUGUAUGUGUGACAUGCAUGUAAACACACACAGGCAUAUCUACAGUCUGUAUAUCUAUGGAUAUGGUUUAUUUAUAUAUAAUAUUCCUCCUCCCAAA